GGAUGCGGACGCGUUGGCGUGAGCUCGAAGACCGGGGCCGUCCUUUAUUAUCCAGCUUCGAAGACGGGAUUGCCUGCUCUUUCGGCUGUGGAAAAUUGAUUCCACGUGUUGAUUCUUUUCAGCUCGUAGCAGCUGCGAGCGAUCCUUCUUCUUCCUCUCCUCCUGUUUAUCGAGGUAGGUCGGGUUUGUGGUCGUUGUACCUCUUCCUCCAUAUCAUGGUCAAGUCUGAAGACCGUGAAAUGUCGGCAAUGGCUGUCGACUUUCUCGUAAGUAAGAUAUGCCUGCAUCGGUUUGGGGAAGGUUUGGGGAGGUGUCCCGUUGGUUGUGACGUGAGUGAGUAACCUGAAGGGCUGCUCUAUCGCAUUGCUUUACAGGCUUCCGUUUUUCUCUGGUGUAUUUAUUCGAUGGCAGAUCCUAAGGUGGCUCACGCUGAUGAUAUCGAUGACUGUUCACUGUAUGGUUCCUGGAUUUGGUCUGUUGCUGGGGCUCUAGUGGCCAUACCGGUCGGGAUAAAGAAGAAAAGUUUGGCUCCUUUAGUCUUUUAUGGCUCAACUGGUGCCAUGAUUGACAUCUGGGUUGGCUUAUCCAAUUGCGAGAGAGCAAAGCAAGAACAAAUUCAAGCUCGGGCUGCUGCCGAUGAGACUAUUCUGAAGGAUGUGUACGAAGAUUAGAUGGAGUAAAGGAGUUAUCUUCAACCCUGUUAUACAUUUUUCCGUUAGCACUCGAGACGUCGAAAGCUAUGACGUUGCUGUACAAAGUAGCGACGAAAAUUACCUACAAUUGUUCCUAAAUGCUUUGUCAUACGCCACUGAUCAGGACUGAGCAUGGUUAUUGAAUCCCCGCUCGCGUGGUAGUUAUACUGACAAAUUGAUCCGAAAUUUGGAUUUGUCAUUUCAGUUACACGUUCCAUUCAGAGCCGUGGAACUCCACCGGACAGCAUCUGCACGAAAGCAGUCCUUGCGGGCUUAGUGACUUUUUGCCCCACUUAUUUUUUCGUGCCAAACAUCUAGCCGAGGCAAGAAUGUGCUGUGAAAUUCAAGUCUGACCUGGUUAGUAUCGAUGCCGUUUUACAAGCGCCGGUCAGUAGAAGGUACGCAUUCGCUGAGCAAUAGGUAAAUAUUGAUAAGUCGAAAUAAGAAAACCUUCACCAAGUAUUUGGAAAGGAGUAUGUACAGACAAUGCAAAUUUGCAGAGACGUCAGAUGGAUUAGCAAGAGAAAUACUCUUGUACAAGAUGAUGACUCGUCAUGUGGAAGUGAAAUAGGCGAAGUUAAUUUGUGGUGUGUGAAAUAGUGCGAGGAAAAAAAGACUGUCAACUAGAAUGUGAAAAUUAAAUGUAGAAAUGAGCGGUGGAAAGUAGCACAAUGGUGUACGUGACCAUCGCUACUUCUCACUCGGCCAUGUAUUGGGGACCUUGAGUUGAUAUCUACUCCACCCUCCAGCACUUUCUCCAAGCUUCUCAUCAGUCGCCCGUCCUUCUCGCCAAGCCCAGUACCGGCUGCCACCAUUCAUCUGCAAUGGGUCGAUGAUUUUUGACUUUUGAUGCCACCACCGUGCCAUCAUAGUCGAAAAUCAUCGACAGAUUGUCGAUGUCGUACUCUGAUUUCAGCUGCUCGUCCUUGCCAAGCCAAGUACAGGCUGCCACCAUCGCGAAUCUGCAACCAACGUGCAUCUGCAAUGCGUCGAUGAUUUUUUACUUUUGAUGCCACCACCGUGCCAUCAAAAUCGAAAAUCAUAGACAGAUUGUCGAUGUUCUACUCAGGCUUUAGCUGGGAUACGUCAUUGGCGGCUGAGACUUGGCGCGAAGAUCCGAUGAGGCGUACGAGUAGCCUACGAGAGGAUGAGG